CCUCUCGGCCCCGCCCCCUUCCCUGCCUCCCUGACUUGCUGCAGUCUCUCGGAAGGCGAUGGAGCGGUCUGAGCCGUUGGCUGUGCUUUCCUGUGAAGAAGCGUCCUGCUCCUCCUGGGGAGCCUGCGGUGCAAGUAAAAAUUUACCUACCAUGACAACAGAAUCUUUGGAAAUCGAUGAUGGAUUAUACAGUCGACAGAGAUAUGUUCUCGGUGACACGGCAAUGCAGAAGAUGGCCAAGUCCUGUGUCUUCUUAAGUGGUAUGGGUGGUCUUGGAGUGGAAAUUGCAAAGAAUCUUGUACUUGCAGGGAUUAAGGCACUGACAAUUCAUGAUACAAAAAAAUGCCAAGCCUGGGAUCUAGGGACCAAUUUCUUCUUGUGUGAAGAUGAUGUUGUUAAUGAGAGAAACAGGGCUGAAGCUGUACUUCAUCGUGUUGCAGAACUAAAUCCUUACGUUCAGGUCUCAUCAUCCUCUGCCCCUUUUGAUGAAACCACAGACCUCUCUUUCUUAGAAAAAUACCAGUGUGUAGUAUUGACUGAAACAAAACUGACAUUACAAAAGAAAAUCAACAACUUUUGCCAUUCUCAUUGCCCUCCAAUUAAGUUUAUUAGUACAGAUGUACAUGGAAUUUGGUCCAGGUUGUUUUGUGAUUUUGGUGAUGAAUUUGAAGUUUCAGAUACAACAGGAGAAGAACCAAAAGAAAUUUUCAUUUCAAACAUAACGCAAGCUAAUCCAGGUAUUGUCACCUGCCUUGAAAAUCAUCCCCACAAGCUUGAGACAGGACAGUUCCUAACAUUUCGAGAAAUUAAUGGAAUGGCAGGCUUAAAUGGAUCUGUACAACAGAUAACUGUGAUAUCACCAUUUUCCUUCAGCAUUGGUGAUACUACGGAACUGGACCCAUAUUUACAUGGAGGCAUAGCUGUGCAGGUUAAGACUCCUAAAAUAUUCAACUUUGAACCCCUGGAGAGCCAGAUAAAACAUCCAAAGUGCCUUAUUGCAGAUUUUAGCAAACCUGAGGCACCUUUACAGAUUCAUGUAGCCAUGCUUGCCUUGGACCAGUUUCAGGAAAACUACAGUCGUAAGCCAAAUAUCAGGUGUCAGCAAGAUUCAGAUGAACUGUUGAAGCUAACAAUAUGUAUAAGUGAAACCUUGGAAGAGAAGCCUGAGGUGAAUGCUGACAUUGUGCACUGGCUUUCAUGGACUGCUCAAGGCUUUUUACCCCCACUUGCUGCUGCAGUCGGGGGUGUUGCUAGCCAAGAAGUAUUAAAAGCUGUGACCGGGAAGUUUUCUCCUUUGUGUCAAUGGUUGUAUCUUGAAGCAGCAGAUACCGUGGAAUCCCUAGGCAAUCUUGGGCAUGAAGAGUUUCUCCCACGAGGAGAUAGAUACGAUGCCUUCCGUGCCUGCAUUGGAAAUACAUUAUGUCAGAAGCUACAGAACUUGAAUAUCUUCUUAGUAGGAUGUGGCGCCAUAGGCUGUGAAAUGUUAAAAAAUUUUGCAUUACUGGGUGUUGGUACAGGUAGAGAGAAAGGAAUGGUAACAGUUACAGAUCCUGACUUGAUAGAAAAAUCCAACCUAAACAGACAGUUCCUGUUUCGCCCUCAUCAUAUACAGAAACCUAAAAGCUAUACUGCUGCUGAAGCAACUCUGAAAAUAAAUCCUCAAUUAAAAAUAGAUGCACACCUGAACAAAGUCUGUCCAGCCACCGAGAGUACAUACAGUGAUGAAUUUUACAAUAAGCAAGACAUCGUCAUUACAGCACUAGAUAAUGUGGAAGCCAGGAGAUAUGUAGACAGCCGCUGUUUAGCAAAUCUACGGCCUCUCUUAGAUUCUGGAACAAUGGGUACCAAAGGACACACCGAAAUUAUUGUACCUCAAUUGACUGAAUCUUAUAAUAGUCACCGAGACCCCCCAGAAGAGGAAAUACCAUUUUGCACUCUCAAGUCCUUUCCGGCAGCUGUCGAACAUACUAUCCAAUGGGCAAGAGACAAGUUUGAAAGUUCCUUCUCCCAUAAGCCUUCACUGUUUAACAAAUUUUGGCAAGCCUAUCCUUCUGCAGAAGAUGUCUUACAGAAGAUACAAAAUGGACAGAGUUUAGAAGGCUGUUUUCAAGUUAUUAAGCUGCUUAGCAGAAGACCUAGAAUGUGGUCCCAAUGUGUAGAAUUAGCAAGACUAAAGUUUGAAAAAUACUUCAACCAUAAAGCCCUUCAGCUUCUUCACUGCUUUCCUCUUGACACACGAUUGAAAGAUGGCAGUUUAUUUUGGCAGUCACCAAAAAGGCCUCCUUCUCCAAUAAAAUUUGAUUUAAAUGAGCCUUUGCACCUCAGUUUUCUUCAGAAUGCUGCAAAACUAUAUGCUACAGUAUAUUGCAUUCCGUUUUCAGAAAAGGACUUAUCAGUAGAUAGCCUCAUGGACAUUCUUUCAGAAGUUAAAAUUCAGGAAUUCAAGCCUUCCAACAAGGUUGUUCAAACAGAUGAAACUGCAAGGAAACCAGACCAUGUUCCUGUCUCCAGUGAAGAUGAGAGGAAUGCUGUUUUCCAACUAGAGAAGGCUCUUUCCUCUAACAAAGCCACCAAAAGUGACCUUCAGAUGGCAGUGCUUUCAUUUGAAAAAGAUGAUGACAGUAAUGGACACAUAGAUUUCAUCACAGCUGCUUCCAACCUUCGAGCCAAGAUGUAUAACAUUGAACCAGCUGACCGUUUUAAAACUAAACGCAUAGCUGGUAAAAUUAUACCUGCUAUAGCAACAUCUACUGCUGCAGUUUCUGGCUUGGUUGCCUUGGAGAUGAUCAAAGUAGCUGGUGGCUAUCCCUUUGACGCUUACAAAAACUGUUUCCUUAAUUUAGCCAUUCCAAUAAUAGUGUUUACAGAGACAUCUGAAGUAAGAAAAACUGAAAUCAGAAACGGAAUAUCAUUUACAAUUUGGGACAGGUGGACUGUACAUGGAAAAGAAGAUUUCACUCUCUCAGAUUUCAUAAAUGCUGUUAAAGAGAAGUAUGGAAUUGAGCCAACAAUGGUGGUGCAGGGAGUCAAAAUGCUUUAUGUUCCUGUAAUGCCAGGUCAUGCAAAAAGGCUAAAGUUAACAAUGCACAAACUUGUGAAGCCUUCCACUGAGAAGAAAUAUGUGGAUCUUACUGUGUCGUUUGCCCCAGACGCUGAUGGAGAUGAAGAUUUGCCAGGCCCUCCAGUAAGAUACUACUUCAGUCAUGACACUGAUGAGUAGACAUUGACGUGGAAACACUUCAGGACUACUUUAUUUUGGAAAGUGUACUUAAUUCAGAAGCUAAAAUUAAUCAGCUCAUAAUACUGUGGAUUUCUUUUUGCCUUAAUUUAAGGGAAACAUCAGUAGGAAAGAAACUUAACUACAGUGAAGAAAUGCAAAACAUUUGAAGCAUAGUACACAUUGUCUGUUGCUUCCUACAGUUAUGAUCACAGCAACUUUGAACUGGAGUACCAUGUUCUAAUGCUUGCAAGAUUGUUUGUUAAGCCCUGUGGAUGAAAGAAGGAACAAGAAAUCAUUUAUCUAUGACCAGAAGAAAUAAAGGUGAAGAAAUUGAAAAUAGUAAAUUCGUGCUCUCCAAAAAAGCCUAAUCCUAUUUCAAAGUUUUCUUUUUUAUUUGGUAUUUGAGACCCAUUAUUUCAGUAUAAAUAGUGUGGCACUUUACUGCUUAUAUGAUUAGGCUUUGAACAUUUCAUAGCCAAGAGGAGGGAUGGCAGUGAUAGAUGAAGAGUAGAGAUUUAAAACUGUAGUUACAGUUAGUGUCCUACCUCUGCUAGCAGUGUGGUAUAUUACUUCCUCCCCUAAGUCAGGAUUCUCCCUGAUGUGAUGAGGUAAGAUGACAUGUUAACUUGGACUAAAUGUUAACAGUAUUCUAUGCACUCUGAAACUCUCAUAGAAAAUCCAUGAAUGUGAGCAGAUAAAUAUGGCUAAUUAUUUGAUUGUUAAUACACCUUUAUCUAUCUGGAAGUCUAAACUAGUCAUAGUAUAUAAGACCAAAAUAUUUUAUAGAGGGAGUAUUCUUAGAAAUAGAUGAAAAUUAGAAAUUUAAUACUAAUGAAAUUGUCUUUUUUUUUCCUUUCCUGCAAUGUAAUGGAGAAAAUAUAUAUAUAGUAUUUUUUUUUUUAAGGGAAGCAUGUCAUUUUAUUCUUCAUUCCCAAAUUGGGAAUUGUCAGAAAUAGAAAAAAUUAUAUUUUUUUAGGUUUUUCCUUGUUGAGAGAAAUAUUCUGUUUCCUGAUAUAAACAGUUUGAACUAAUGAUAUAAUUGGGUCCAUUAAAAUAUAUAAACAGUACUUGACUAUGAAAUCAGUGAAAACAGCAAGUGAGUAUUUUUUACAAGGGUUAUCAUGGAUUCUAAAACAGGGCUUACAGCCUCUAGAAGUAACUCGCCUGGAGCUCCUACUCUUGUUAGACCAUUACUAAAUACUUUGAUGAAUUAAAAUUUAGAUUACACCAGUAUUAACUCCAACAGUAUCUCUCUACACUCUGUACUUACUUUCCAUUUACAAACAAUUUACCAUCUCUGUGGUGGUGACCAGCUUUUUGUUUCCUCCUUUUAUGAAGUGUCCAGUUGGGAAAUGGGGUGAGUUUGUGUAAUAAAAUGUUCUGUUCAUUGAGAGAUGGAGAGAAAUGGACAGGAUCCAUUUUAAAGAACUGUCUACCUUAAAAAUAAACUAUAGUUUUUAUCAUAUCCUACCCUUUCCCAUUGUUCAUACAUUAAAUCCAUGAACAUCAAAGGCUCUGUGACUUAGAACUUAAUGAGGGGAAGAAGUCCUUUUUCCAACGUUUUUUUGUUUUCUGUUCUUUGGUAGAACAUAUUUUCUAGGUGAUCAUUCAGGAAUCCUCAAACAUGAAGUAAUAGCUUGGCUCUGUUCACUUUUAAGUCUUCACAUAGCUUUGGAAGUGAGUAAGAACCAUGCUUUGCAGAGUGCUUUAAUAAAUAAAGUCAACCAGGUUUGGUUUGUUUGUAAUUAAAAUCACAACCAUUUUGUCAUUUGAUUUUGGUUUUGGUUUUCUGUAGGUAAUGAUUAUUACUGUCCUACUCAGUUUUACUGAACUGAAAAGCCAUAAUGAAGUUAAUGACUUUUUGUUUUUGUUUAUUUGUACCUUAAGAUGCUUGCUACUGAAAUACAGCUAUUGAAUACUGGGUUAAAAAAAAAAAGGAAGGAAAGAAGGAAAAAAAGGGGUUAUUCCAUUCACUUUUCUUUUCUUUUUUUCUUUCUUUUUUUUUUUUUUUAUACUAAAAGUAAGUCAAAGAGAUUUUAGGUGUCAUUCUAGACCAUGCUCUGUGGUUCGUCAUAGAGAAUUUACUUACACCCCUUUUUCUGUGGUUAAUGCUGCUACUGUUUCCUUGAGUUUAUGUUUUGGGCAGACUGGUAUGGGGCAUAUAAGCCAAAGAAGGAGUGUGUGUUUAGCAAACUCAAAGUCCUAACUUUACUGUAGAGGUGCAAAAUAAUCGAGAAAAAAGGCAGAAAUAGUCACUCCAGGAGAAACUUAGUUUGAGGUUUCUAAAGUCAGUUCUUUAUAGGAUUUGGAGCAAUUGUGUUACGUGUCUUAGUCCUUAUAUACAGUUCCAGAAGUAGAACUUGGAGUCACUAUAUUACAUUUUGUCUUUCAUGGCACAUUGUUGGGACAGCAUCAGUGUACAAAAUUAUAGCCAUAGCUGGGAUUGUAACUCUACAGUAGACAAGUACAUAAGUCUCUGGGUUUGAGUCCCAACUCAAAAACAAAAAUCACCAAGUUUAGAUCUUAGGAGUCAGAUGAAGUGUCAACAGGUAAUUUGUGUUUGCUUUUAUGUUGAGUGAGACAGAGAGUGUGCGUGCGUGCGUGCGUGCGUGCGUGCGUGUGUGUGUGUGAAAGAGAGAGUGAGAGUGAGUGAGUGAUAUGUUUUGCCUGCAUGUACAUGCACUACAUGUAUGCAGUGCUAAAGAAGCCAGAAGAGGGUGUUGGAUCCCCUGAGACUGGAGUUACAGACCGUGGUGACCUGCCGUAUUAGUCGUUGGGAGCAAACACAGGUUCUCUGGAAGGGCAGCCAGUUAUUUUAACCACUGAGCCCUCAUUCCAGCCCCCAAAGCGUCCGUGUUGUAGUUGAAAAAUGCAUGUUGAAAGUAUGUAAAAUGUGAAUAUACAGUUUAAGGAAUAAUUCUAAGGUCAUUUUUUAAUCUAACCAAUAUUGAAAUCAGUAAAACAUUGGUAUCCAAUUCCUUCCGAAUCCCUCUCCAGUCACAAACAUUUUAAAUACCCUUAAUAAUUACUGUUGUCUUUUUGUAUUAACGGUUGCCUCAUUUUUUUCUUUUGGAGUUAUCCCUGGUAUAUAUUGCAAAUCUAAACAGAACAGUUUAGUUUUGCCUGCUUCUGAACUGUGUGUAAAGAAUUGUCUGCAUUGUUUUGUGUCUGUCAUCCAUCAUAAUUCAUCCGUGUUUGUUGUAGCCAUACUUUAUUUACCAUUACUGUAGUAGUUUACUGUUUAUUAAUGUACCAGUUCAUUGACUGUUGUAUUAACUGUGAAUAAUGAAGAUGUUUUUAGUUCUGGGAUAAUUACAGUUCUAAAAUAAAUGUGUUUUAUUCACACA